AUGGCGAGUCAAUCACCACAGAGGAGAAUGUGGAACAGAGAGGUGCAGAUGAGGGAGAGGAACAGAGAGGCCCUGAAGGUCUGGCUGCUGUCUCUGGUGUCUCUGGUGUCUCUGGUGAUUCUGGUGGUUCUGAUGAUUCUGGUGGUUCAGAUGUAUCUGGCCUUCACUCACCUGUUGGCAUCCAAAGACGGGACUGUGGCUCCUCUGGAACUGAAGAGGGUCCAGCAGUAUGCAGUGGAUGUGACUCUUGAUCCUGAUACAGCACAUCCUAACCUCAUCCUGUCUGCUGAUGGGAAACAAGUAUAUGAUGGUGAUGUGAGGAAGAAUCUCCCAGACAACCCAGAGAGAUUUUCCACAAAUCCCUGUGUUUUAGGAAAGCAGAGUUUGUCUUCAGGCAGAUUUUACUUUGAGGUUCAGGUUAAAGAGAAGACUAAGUGGGAUUUAGGAGUGGCCAGAGAGUCGAUCAACAGGAAGGGAGACAUCCCACUGAGCCCUGAGAAUGGUUACUGGACUAUAUGGUUGAGAAAUGGAAAUGAGUACAAAGCUCUUGAAAACCUUUCAGUCCGUCUCUCUCUAGAGUCUCAUCCUCAGAAGGUGGGGGUGUUUGUGGAUUAUGAGGACGGUCUGGUCUCCUUUUAUGAUGUAGAUGCUGCAGUUCUUAUCUACUCCUUUACUGACUGCGCAUUCACUGAGAAACUCUACCCAUUCUUCAGUCCCUGUAAAAAUGAUGGUGGUACAAACUCCGCCCCUCUGAUCAUACGUCCUGUAUAUUAAACUGCCUGAUCUAGUUUCUAUGAUCAGCAACUUAUUAAGC